CGCGGGCAGCCGUUUCCUUCCGUCGACGCGUCGCUGCUGGGGCCAGUCGGCUUCAUGGCGGCCACGGGCGAGGCGAGCGCUGGGGUGGGAGCGGGACAGGGCCGCAGGAGAGCCUAUGUGAAGGCUAAUCGUAACAGCUGCUAAGGACGACAAAGACAAACUGUAGACAAUCAAAUAUAUUGUACUGGUCAAGUAAAAUGGAUCCAUGUUCAGUAGGAAAUCAGCUGCAAGCUAGCAGCAAUUGCCAUAAAACAUACUUUACCUGUCACACUGGAUUCAAGACUAAGCAAGAACUAUCAUCAACUGAUCUGUUACUCCUUCAGCUUAGGACUGGGAUAACACUUUCAGAGAACGAUACAAUCUGCUUCCAUCAUGCUAAAGUUUACCUUGAUAGGUAUGAAGACUUGCAAAAGUCAUGCUGUGAUCCUUUUAAUAUGCACAAAAAGCUUUCAAGGAAAAACUUGCAUGCAAUUGACAUAGACGAUGCAACUGUUCUAAGUGCCAAGUUUGGACGGCAGUUUAUACCUGGCUGGAAACUUUGUCAAAAAUGUACACAGAUAAUAAAUGGAAGUGCAGAGGUUGAUUCUGAAGACCGUCAACGAAGGAGACUUGAUUCAGACGGACGUACAGCUAAGACCUUGAAGUCCUUACAGUUUGCUAAUCCAGGACGACAUUCUGAAUUUGCUCCAGAAGCAAACAAAAGGGAAAAAAGAAGGCUGCAGACAAAAAGCACAUCCAACAAUUCAGACAGGCAACUCAUACCAGCAAAGAGCAAAGUGUAUGAUAGCCAAGGACUUCUGCUUUAUAGUGGGAUAGACCUCUGUGACUGUCUUGAUGAAGAUUGCCUAGGGUGUUUCUAUGCUUGUCCCAAGUGUGACUCCAGCAAGUGUGGACCUGAAUGCCGCUGUGAUCGCAAGUGGCUAUAUGAGCAAAUUGAGAUAGAAGGAGGAGAAAUUAUAAGGAAUAAGCAAGCGGUAUAGCUUGCAUGUUGAAUUCAAGUAAUGAGCGUACAUGCCAAAGGUUUUCACUUACAAAAAUGCAUAAACUUUGUUCAGAUUUCCAGUUAGCGUUUGAAGUGGUAUAUGAAAGUUGUGGCUCAGAGUUAAUUUCCCCUUUUUGGCACCCUUACAAAAAAGAAAAUCUAGAAUCUUAUUAAUGGGCAAGUGGAUUAAUCGGAACAGUAUUAUGCAUUUUGCACCAUGUACUCUGUGGAAAAGAUGCAUUUCCCAAACGUCCUCCCUCUUUUCACCUGGUAGUGUUGCCCAUUUCAGAAAUGUGACCACUGAUUUCAUCACUUUAAUCGCUCGAAACCAUGAGCAGUAUUAGCACAUAGUAAACUUGUGAUUUGAUAAUGAUGUUGCAUGGUGGGUAGAAGAUAUUAACAACAGAUUAAAGGCUUUUUGAGAAGAUGGUACCACUUCAAAGAAAAGUAUUGGACCGCUUUGAAAUAUUUCUGUGUUUUUGUUUUUAAUCUGAAUACAAAUCUAUCUUGUGUUUUCAACAGUAUUUCACUGAUGAGGAGAAAGUAAUAAACCAAAGAUGUAAUCUCAGGUAGCAUUUCCAUUAUGGGUUUGUUAUUUGAGAACUAUAUAUUUGAGUCUCUAGGCAGUCGGACAGAGAAUUUCUAGGAUGAAUGACAACACAGUCCCAUUUAGCCUUUAAGAAUAUGUGAAGGUUAAUUAUUUGAAUUUGGACAUUAGGAGCACAAAUGGGGAACCAGGAGUAAUGUGUUUUAUAUUGCAAUCACCGAUGCUCUGCAUAAGGAUAUGUACAGAAUUUAUUUUCAGUAGCAAUUAAAAGGCUGCAUUUUCUUGCAGGGCCAUUUUCAUAGUUUUGACCCCAUAUGCAAUAAGGAAUUGUAUUUGUGUAAAUUAAACUUGCCCUUGAGGAUAGAUGACUUUCCAUUUGAAAUGAUGGUUAGGUGGUAAAAUAUGUAAGACUUAAAAAGUUCUUGUUAAGUAUUAUCCUAGGAGUUUUGUUUGACUCCGCCUAUGUUCAGGAAUUUAUUCUGUUACCUGUAGUGUCCUAGGAAGGCAAAUAGUGUCAUGCAAAGCAAGAAAGCUGCAUAGGAGCUGGUGGAUGUUUGUCCCUAAAUUCAGGAGGAGAUGGAAUUGAAUCCAUAGCCCUGAACCUGGAGUUCCAUGACUGCUCCGAUGGGCCCAUGUGGAGCUACUCCCUUAUUUGACGUAAAAAUGUUUAUUGAGGGGCCAUGAGGUCUGAAAACAUUGGAGUGUAUCCAAGGAGCCUCUGGAUUAAGUCAAUUGUGUCUUUACAGUAUUUGUAUGCGUGCAUUUAUUUAUAUAUGUAUAGAAACCAUUUCAUUAUCAAUUAUGAUUGCAUUUUUUUACAAUUUGCAAAUGUCUGUACUUUAAAAGACUUAAGAUUACACCUUUGCUGGGGCUGCAUUAUAUCUGACUAAAUUGGCCAUUAGCAAAUCAUCUUGUAAAGAGAAAUCCGCAGUAGGAAUGGUUAUUAAAUUUAAAAUUGCUUCACUUGGUAUCUUUUUUUUUAAAAAAGCAUUUUUCUAUCUAAAGCCUCAGUAUGCAAAUAGAUUUAUUGGGACCAUCCAAAAUGCCACACAGUCGUUUUCAUAGGUCUUAAAAAAGGUAUUACCAUACUGUGGCUUUGGGCUUUUUCCCCCUAUUGUAUGAAUCAAUACAGACUUAAUAUUUUUUUAAAAUCCCGUAAAAUAACUUUAGAAUACUAUGUGCAACUUUGCUUGACUUGAUUGAUUUCAUAUGUUAUGUAGUAAAGUUCUUACAGCUAUGUACAGAAAACUAGCCAUCACCUAAAACUGUUUUUAGAGCCUGCCUAACUGCUGGCAAGUUAUUUGAACAGAUGGAUUUUUUUACUCUCCCUGCAAAGUGGCAUUCUGCAAAGCUUACAAUAAAAUAAAAGUACUUAAAGGGGAAAGUUUGGCACCUGAACAAUGAGAUACAUAUAUAUGGUUUUAUCCAAAGCUGUCCAGGUGCGAGCAGAACAGACUUCUAAUCAUGCAAUCAGAACUUCGCUCCUGCAGCCUCUUGCAGGCUCUCAAAAUCUGCUCUGUGGGGUUGAGUAACCCCUGAGCAAAUUUGUGGAAUUGUAGAAAGGCAUAGCAGAAGAAUAUAUUAUGCUGCAUGAGCUCACUAUCAGUUUAAAAAUUUGGAUACUGGCAGAUAAAUAGCUGCAAGUCACAUUGCAGCAUGCUGGAAUAUGAAAUCCUCUUGAACUUAAAUUUCUUAGUGUUGACAUCUACUAGCACUAACAAAAUGUAAAGCAGCAAUGCAAAUAUUGUGUUUGUCUAAUUUCUUCAACAAAAAAUUGAUCAAAUUUACCCUCAAAUGUUUAGACGUGUGUCUCAGUGACUAAUCUAUUAUAAAAUGUUAUACAGUGUAAUGGCUAGUAUGUAUUUGAUACAGGUAUGUAUUGGUAAUCUGCUCCAGAUAUUAACAUUAAUUAAACAGAGGUUGCAGUUCUGUGCACAGAUACUUUGGUCAAUUCCAUGAAUACUAACAGAUAGUAUGUACUGCAUGCUGAAGUGAUUAGUUAUGCAGAAAAACUUACUCCACUUACACUGAAACAUUACUGCUAGUACUAGACAGCGACAGCUGCAAACGAAGAUACACUAUUGAGUAAAUAUCAGGUAUUUUCUUUGUCAACUCACGUCUGAAGAUUCCUGUAUUUCUUAUCAUUUAUCAAAUCCUGUUAAUAAAUACAUUUAUUUGAGCCACA